UAUCUUAUGUUAAAGAAGCCAGUCCAGUCCCAACCAACUCAUCUAAUUGAAUUUUGAUGAAAUUCAAGAGGUGCCUUGAUAGCUUUUCCUUUCCUUUUAAGUCACCAUUAAUAUGUCCAGCAAAGACCAACACCACUAGAAUCUUGCAACAAUAACAAUGGAAUCCCUUCAUCUUUAUAUAUAACAUAGGCUUUUUGGGUAACAAGUGCAUAGAGAGCUUUCAAUUCCAAUUCUUUGCUUUCCAGGCAACCAUGACUAGAAAAAAGGUGCAGCUUGCCUACAUCAUCAAUGAUUCUGCAAGGAAAGCUGCCUUCAGAAAAAGAACGAAGGGUUUGUUGAAGAAGGCGAGCGAACUAAGUACCCUUUGUGGGAUAGAAGCUUGUGUGAUUAUCUACAGUCCUUAUGACGCUCAACCUGAGUUUUGGCCAUCCUCUGCAGGAGCCCAACGCGUGCUCUCAGAGUUUAAGAAAAUGCCUAAGAUGGAUCAAAGUCAGAAGAUGAUGAGCCAAGAGAAUUUCCUUAGGCAAAGGAUCGCAAAAGCAAACCAACAACUCAAGAGACAGUGCAGGGACAAUCGCGAGAAGGAGAUCACACAAGUCAUGUUCCAAUGCCUAGCUGAACAAAGGCUGGAGAAUUUGAACAUGAUGGAUUUGAAUGACCUCGAGUGGUUGCUUGAGCAAAACCUGAAAGAUAUUGACAAGAGGAUUGAUAUGCUUACCAAGGCAUCUCAUUCCCAAGGGUUUGCAACAACAUCAUCAACAACAAUCGCAAUGCCAGAAGUGAUGCUGAAGAAUGGAGAAAAGGUGCAAGCAGAGAGUCCAAAUCGUGAGGUUAGCUUGGAAACAGUGCAAAGGCAACAGUUGAUAAGGACCUGAUGCACCCACCAGAGCACGUGGAACUUGGUUCGCUACUCCCAUUUAGGGACAACAACCCCACUACUUUUUUCCCCUUAGAAAAAACAACUAUAUGUAUCAUAGUUCCAGUGUCUAUCUGCUUGUGUUAAUUGUUAUGUCUAAGAGAUGUUCUUAUUACAUGUUUUUAUGUUCUAAUUUAAGUUAUU